AUGUCGACAGCUUAUGGUAAAAUUCCCAAGCCUGAGGCUGCAGUCUCCAUUGACGCCAUCUUGCCCAUCACAAAAAAACUAAAGAAUGGCAAGAACGCCUACUUGCAAGCGAUCGAUACAACCAAUCAGCCAUUGGUGACACAUUUGCAAGCCUUGUUCAAUCAAGCGAUCGAAGAUGGAUCCACAUAUCCUCAGGAAUAUCCUCUGGGCGAACAACAAUUUAUGGAUUACUUUUUAGGCUACGACGCCUUUGUAUUGGCCACAGAAAUUAUUGACCGUAACAAAGACUAUGACUUUGACAAUGUGGUUAUUGGCAUGUAUUAUGUCAAGCCCAAUUACCCAGGACGAUGUUCUCACAUCUGCAAUGCUGGAUUCAUUACCAGCAUCAGUUUCCGUGGCCAAGGAGGUGGUAUGGCAAUGGGCGAAACCUUGCUAACGACCGCACCUGCCCUUGGUUACAAAGCUUCGGUAUUCAAUCUCGUCUUUGUGAAUAAUGAAGCGUCUAUCCGCAUCUGGCGAAAACUCGGGUUUCAGGAAGUAGGACGCAUUCCUCAGGCAGGACGAUUGAAAAAUUCGCCAGAUCAACUCGUCGACGCUCUUAUUUUUUACAACGAUUUCUCAAAGAACAAUGCCUUGCCCAAAUAA